AUGCCGUCAAACGAGGCCUCCGUAUCCAACGGCGAAGCCCAGAAUGACUGGAAAUUCGACCCCUCCGUCUUUGCCUUCACACCAAGAAAGCUGCGUGUGGUGUGCAUCGGAGCAGGUUUCUCUGGUCUGACCAUGGCAUAUAAGCUCAAGCACGAGAGGCCUCUGGACUUUGUUGAUUUCACUAUCUACGAGAAGAAUCCGGAGGUUGGGGGCACGUGGUUUGAGAAUAUCUAUCCGGGGGUGGCGUGUUAUCAGUUCCCGUUUGCGCCUAAUCCUGCGUGGUCGAGCUACUAUGCCACUGGGAAGGAGAUCCAGGAGUAUAUUGUCAGCACUGCUGACAAGUACGAUCUGAAUGAGAAGAUCAGGUUCAAUACGAAGCUCGUCAAGGCGAUUUGGAGCGAGGUACAAGGAAAAUGGAAACUUCAAUUGCAACAGGGUGAAUUCGUUCUAGAAGAUGAAGCCGAUAUCGUAUUGGAUGGGAGUGGUGUAUUGAAUCAGUGGAAAUGGCCCAAUAUCGAGGGGCUGGAUACCUUUACAGGAAAGCUGCUUCAUACUGCUCGGUGGGACCCAGAAUACAACUGCGAGGGAAAGAAAAUCGCAGUCAUCGGCAACGGCUCAUCGGGAAUUCAGAUAAUUCCUUCUCUUCAACCCAAGGCCGCAAAGCUAGUGAAUUACAUCCGACAUGCUACUUGGAUUUCCCCAAACCUCUGUGGCCAAUUAACGAGGGACGGGAUGGGUACAAACUUCCAAUUCACAGAAGAGGAAAAGCAGCAAUUCCAGGACGAUCCUGAAAAGCUUCUGGAGUAUAGAAAAUCUAUUGAGGGGGCCGUCAAUAGCGUGUAUGCCUGGAUGAUCUCGGGAUCUGAGGAGAACAAGGCGCUUUACGAGCUGGUACAUGGGGUAAUGCGAAGCCGCCUGGCCAACAGCCCUGAGCUGGCCAAGACACUGAUCCCCACGUACGAGAUUGGAUGUCGACGUAUUAGCCCCGGCGAUGGUUAUCUGGAGGCUAUCCAGGAGGAUAACGCCAGGAUCACUUUGAGUCAGAUCAAUCGCAUUACACCGAACGGAAUCGAGACAGACGAAGGAGAAGAAGAAUUCGACUUGAUCGUCUGCGCGACUGGCUUCAAUUACUCAUUCAUUCCCGCCUGGGAGCUGAUCGGCCGUGACGGUCGCCGCCUUGAUGAGGAAUGGAAGGAGACUCCAGAAGCAUACUUUGCGACAUGCGCUGGUGGAGUUCCUAACUAUUUUAUGUUUGGUGGACCGAACUACCCCAUUGGCCAUGGCUCCUUGCCUGCGGCACUCACCUUCUCCGCUGACUAUAUGUUGGAAUGGAUCAAGAAGAUUGCGACGGAGGAUAUCAAGUACGUUUAUCUCUUCCUUUCUAUCGAGUCCUUGUCAGAGUUAACGUCCUCCAGAUCGGUCGUAGUGAAAGACUCCGUCGUCCGUGCUUAUAACAAAUUCGCUCAAGAAACCCUGAAGCACUGUGUCUGGUCCAAGGGCUGUCACGCCUGGUACAGUAAGAGGAACGAAGGAGCUGACAACACUGUCAUUGCAAUGUAUCCAGGAAGUGCACUUCAUUUCAAAGCCUGUUUGGAAAAGAUCCGCCCCGAGGACUUUGAAAUCCAAUAUAAUACCUCCAAUCCCUUCAGAUUCAUGGGUAAUGGACAAAUGGCGUUUGAGCGAGUCCCUGGCGCUGAUCUGGCUUUCUAUUUGAAGUAG